UCUCUCUCCCCUCCGUUCUCCUUUUUUCUCUUCCUCUCUUUUUCGAGGGGACGAAGGAUCGACGCGAGAGAAGAGGAAGAGGAAGAAGAGGAACGUGGUCCGUCCUCGAUGGCCACUCUGGCGACCAUUCUUGUCGCUCUUGAGGGCGAUCGUGUUAUUACCAUCGAAGAGGGCUGCUUAUUGCGACGUCUCGCGUCUGUCGAUGAAGAAAGCGUAAACGAGUCGUAGACGAGAUCGAGCUACGACGACGAAAAAAAGCUGAUCGAGGUCGUCUCGGCGCUCUUGACGGCGUCUUUUGAGAGGACACAAAGCAGCUGAGGAAGAAAGGGGAGGAGAGAGAGAGAGAGAGAGAGAGAGAGAGAAAAUGUCCACGCAUUAUCCACAAGGAUAUCGGUAUCGUUCGCCGACGAAGGCUACGAGUGGCGAGCAAGGAUCGGAUAGCGAUGUGGCGGAACUAAGCGAUCUGGAGGACGACGAGGACGAAGACGGAGCUCAUGCUACGACCGAUCGUCGACCGGUCGUCGGCCGGGAAACGAACGAGCUCGAGGAUGUCGAGAUCGACGAGCGACUACGUAGAUUAAAUGAAGAUCGUCGAGUACAUGACAUGGAUGAUGACGAGGUGGACGACGACGAGAACGACGAUGACGACGACGACGACGACGACGAUGACGACGACGACGACGACGACGAUGACGAUGACGAUGACGACGAUGACGACGAGGAGGAAGAAGACGGCGACGAGCUACCCUAUCCAGGUUUCGUGCCCGUUGCUCUUCGUUAUCUCGAGCAGACUACACGACCGCGCAACUGGUGUCUCGCGCUCAUCACCAAUCCGUGGUUCGAAAGAGUGAGCAUGAUGGUGAUCCUUUUGAACUGCAUAACGCUAGGAAUGUACCAGCCUUGCGUGGAUGACCAAUGCGUGACGAAUAGGUGCAAGAUAUUGCAGAUGUUCGACGAUAUAAUCUUCGCCUUUUUCUCCUUGGAAAUGACGAUAAAGAUGGUGGCGAUGGGUAUAUACGGUAAAGGGACUUAUCUCGCUGACUCCUGGAAUAGAUUAGAUUUCUUUAUAGUAGCAGCCGGCGCACUAGAAUACUGCCUAAACGUGGAGAACAUGAAUCUAUCGGCGAUACGGACGAUAAGGGUUCUAAGGCCAUUACGAGCGAUCAACAGAAUACCGAGUAUGCGAAUUCUCGUGAUGCUGCUGCUCGACACUCUUCCGAUGCUAGGCAACGUCCUCCUCUUGUGCUUCUUCGUAUUUUUCAUAUUCGGCAUCGUCGGCGUUCAGCUCUGGGAGGGAAUCCUGCGUCAACGUUGCUUCCUGAAGGCUCUUCCUAACGUCAAGUAUCCCGAGUUACUCUCGGACGAGUACUCGGUUCGAUCACGCAUUUACGACCUGGAGAAGUACUUCGAGUAUCAGGGUCAGGACUACAUUUGUUCGCGUCCCGACGACAGCGGUAUGCACUCUUGCAGCAACUUGCCGCCGCUAAAGUUUGGAAGUGUGGUGUGCAAUAGUACAGCUUUACCGAACAACAAUACGACGUUUAUCAGCAACGACACCUGCGUUAACUGGAAUCACUAUUAUACCGAGUGCAAGGGUCAGGGCAAUAAUCCUUUUCAAGGCACAAUUUCGUUCGAUAAUAUCGGCUUGGCCUGGGUAGCCAUAUUUCUCGUGAUCAGUCUGGAAGGAUGGACGGAUAUAAUGUACUACGUGCAGGACGCUCAUUCUUUUUGGGAUUGGAUAUAUUUUGUCCUCUUGAUCGUCAUCGGCUCCUUUUUUAUGAUCAAUCUUUGCCUGGUCGUGAUAGCGACGCAAUUUUCCGAGACGAAGAAACGGGAGAUGGAAAGAAUGAGAUUAGAGCGCGCUCGGUUUCAUUCGACUUCGACUCUGGCUUCGUCUACGAAUACAUCCGAACCAACUACCUGUUACGCCGAAAUUGUCAAAUACAUAGCUCAUCUUUGGCGAAGAAGUAAAAGAAGACUAAUGAAGAGGUACAGAUUGUGGAAGUACAGAAGGCAGCAGAAACGCGAGCAAAAUUUGCUUAAGGAACAACAACAAGGUCAGCCGUUCCGGUCGGCUCCCAGCGGAGCAGGCUCGAACAGAACAGCAGCCGGUGACAGAAAAAUUCAUCACGGAAGGUGCCCUCGACUAUUGGCAGCAUUAGAGUACGCGGAGCAGCAGCAGCAGCAGCAGCAACAGCAGCAGCAGCAGCAGCAGCAGCAGCAAUCAUCCGGGAUUUGCGGUAGUGUCGGAGAGUUUGCAACGAAUGGGCCGGCCUCCCAGCCUGGUAUUACCAGUGGCGUUUCUAGUAACGGCACUGGUAACGGAAACAUGGGUAUCGCUCCGCGCGCGAGUCCUGAAGUUUCCGAGGCUGAAAUGUCGAGCAAUUCGUACAAUCGGCCGGGAUUAUAUCGCGCCGCCUCCGUCUCCUGUAACGGCAGCGACAAUAUCAUUUCCAACGCGACCGACACGAAUAACGCGUUGCUGAGCCCACCGUGUACUCACUACCGACGAAGGAGCAGCGUUAUGUUCAGCGACGUGGUCUUGCUACACGGUAGCAAUAGCGUUGGGAGCACGAUGCAAUCUGGUACCACGGUCGCUCCCACUGAGCGUAACGUUUGUUCGAGCGAAAAAAUGACGCAAACCGGUGACGGCAAUGUUUGGUCUAGCCCGCUGUCCGACCAUGCACAGAUACAAGUAGAAUUGGGUACGAAUGAAGCAAUGACGUGUCAAGAAUUAUUGGCACUCAGUGGAGCUCUCAGCGCUGCCUUGCCAACCGGUCAAUUGGCGCUCGACUCUUUUUUAAAUUCCCUUACGAAAGGUAUCACGGAACGGCACAUUAUUUUGGAGGAUCGUGCACAAUGGUUGUCUUCCGAUUUGGAAAAUUGUUCGUGUUGCUGCGACGCGCAAAGCGGCCUCGAUCAUUGGCCGGAGAACGGCGAAAGAUGGCGAAGGUUCUCGAGAACUCGAAGGUUCUUCAGGACUAUCGGAAAUCGUUGCAUCAGCGGAUUACGUUGCAUAAGACGUUGGAUCAAGAAGCUCGUCGAACACAAGUAUUUUCAACAGGGUAUACUCUUGGCGAUUCUAAUAAACACACUGAGCAUGGGUAUCGAGUAUCACAAUCAGCCGGAGCAAUUGACUGUGCUCGUCGAGAUAAGCAACAUCGUCUUCUCUGCCAUCUUCGCCGUCGAGAUGCUACUCAAGGUAAUAGCCGAGGGCCCGUUCGGCUACAUCAGCAACGGCUUCAACGUCUUCGACGGCAUCGUCGUGAUCCUUAGCAUAGUGGAGCUGUGUCAAUCCUUCGUGGAGGAACGAGGCGGAAGUUCCGGCCUGAGCGUCCUUAGAACCUUCCGUUUGCUGAGGAUUCUGAAGUUGGUUCGCUUCCUGCCAAACUUGAGACGUCAGCUUUUCGUCAUGCUACGUACCAUGGAUAACGUUGCCGUAUUCUUUUCCCUUUUAGUACUUUUCAUCUUUAUAUUCAGCAUCCUAGGAAUGUACCUGUUCGGGGGUAAGUUUUGCAUGUGGGCGGACCGGAGUCGGCCCUGCACCUGUGCCGAGGUGGUCUCACGGCACCCGAUGUGUCGCUGUGAUCGCAAACAUUUCAACGACAUCGUCUGGGCCCUUGUCACGGUCUUUCAGAUAUUAACGCAAGAAGAUUGGAACGUGGUGCUUUUCAACGGUAUGCAAAAGACAUCCCACUGGGCUGCCCUCUACUUCGUCGCUCUGAUGACAUUUGGAAAUUACGUUCUCUUCAACCUUCUCGUCGCCAUUCUCGUCGAGGGCUUCUCUUCGGAGAGAAACGAGAGGAGGGAACGAGAGCAAAGGGAGAUGGCCAAGUUGGCAGCAAAGGAGGCAGGAAUGGGCAGCGAGGAAGGAUCCUCGAGGGUAUCGAGGUCUCACUCGAUCACCGACAGCGACACGUAUACACAGGAACGAAAGAACUCGUGGCAAAGCGCGGAGGAGCUUAGAAAGUACAAGGACAAUAGUUGUCGGGAAAAGCAGAACAGUAGUUGGAGGCAUCGCAUGGACGAGCCAAAGUGCAACAUUCAAAAGGAAAACAAGAUGAUGAGCGCCGUUGGUCAGCCACCGAUAAUCACACACACAGCCGCCACGCCUCAAGACUCGCCAAACACGACGCUCGACGUUGGUUACAGAGACCUUAAUUAUCGUGCGGUUUUUCCAACGGCUGCCCUCUCCUUUGAGUCGAUAGACCGGACCGGUAGUCAAUGUAGCAUACCGUCUGGAUUGUUAAAGUUGCCGGACAAUGGUAGCAAGUUUUCGACCAACAAUUUGAUAGCCGGACAAUUUCCCAGACGAAUAAGCCUCGUUACCGCGGUGGUAAAUCCUUCCUCGAGAGAAUUCUCAAACUCCAGUCCACCGAGAAUACAGAGAGGAUACUCGUGGCGUUUGUCUCGGCCAUCUUUGCGAAGGAAACGUUGGUCCCAAAGCGACGAGGAGCAAGCCAGUCGAACGAUCGUUUUGAACAAUGGCAGAAGUGCCUUCGGCGGUUCCAAUUACACCUUCAACGGUGGUUACCUGCACGGCUCGAUAAGAAACGACACGCAAUGCGACGCGCCCAAUAAUCGAACGACCGUCCUAACGAGCAAUAAUCGCAGCCUCAGCCCCAACAAUUCCAUCGAAAGCCACGGUUCAUCGAUGCGCCGUUACACGGCCACGCCUAACCAGAUGCGAUGGAUCGGCGAACUCUCGCGAAGGAACUCCUUAAGAGGAUACGAAAACGUUCAAGGUGCUGGUAGAAAGGGUAUGGUGUCGGAGGAGGUGCCAUGCUCGACGCCUCGAACGAUAAACAAUUUAUCGAUGGAAACAGGAGCACUGCCGAGAAUUAAGCCUCUUUCGGAUCAGGAGGACGAUCAUUCGCGUACGGACGAUCAGACGCCUCCUUCGAACGGCCACGGUAGCGCGAGCAGCGUCGAGAGGAUCAAGAAAAUAUUUAUGUUCUUCGAGCCAAAGGGUUGUCUCAAGGAACGCGACGAUUACGCGCUGUAUAUAUUUUCGCCUAAUAACAGAUUUCGAGCUUUCUGCCGUUGGUUCGUCGAUCAAAAGUGGUUCGACAACGCGAUUCUCUUCUUUAUCGGCUUGAACUGCAUCACUCUGGCGAUGGAGAGACCGAACAUACCGUCGCACAGUCGCGAGAGACUCUUCCUCAUGACCGCCAAUUACAUCUUCACCGCGGUAUUCGCCGUCGAGAUGUUUAUCAAGGUCGUAGCAACGGGUAUGCUUUAUGGUUCGGACGCUUACUUCACGUCGGGCUGGAAUAUCAUGGACGGAUCCCUAGUCACCAUAUCUAUCGUCGAUUUAAUGAUGUCCUUGAUUUCUUCCAGUAGUCCGAGAAUAUUUGGAAUUUUGAGGGUUUUUCGUUUGUUGAGAUCGUUGAGGCCAUUAAGAGUGAUCAAUCGUGCUCCGGGAUUAAAGUUGGUCGUACAAACGUUGCUGUCAUCUUUACGACCGAUCGGCAAUAUCGUUUUGAUAUGUUGUACCUUCUUCGUGAUAUUCGGAAUUUUGGGCGUACAAUUGUUCAAGGGUGCGUUUUAUUAUUGCGACGGUCCAGAUAUAAAAAAUGUUCGCAAUAAAACGGAUUGCCUGGCGGAUAAGCGAAACGUAUGGCUCAACAGGAAAUAUAAUUUCGACGAUCUCGGUAAGGCGCUCAUGUCUUUGUUCGUUUUGUCAUCGCGAGACGGUUGGGUCAACAUCAUGUAUACCGGAUUGGACGCGGUUGGCGUGGAUCAACAGCCGAUCGAGAAUUAUUCGGAAUGGCGUUUGUUAUACUUUAUCGCGUUCAUCCUUUUGGUCGGAUUCUUCGUCCUGAACAUGUUCGUCGGUGUCGUCGUUGAGAACUUUCAUAGAUGUCGAGAGGAACAAGAGAAGGAGGAACGAGCAAGGAGGGCAGAGAAGAGGGCUCAGCAAAUGGAGAAGAAACGACGAAAAAUGCACGAGCCACCGUACUAUACGAAUUAUUCGAAAACGCGGCUUUUCAUUCACAACGUCGUAACAUCCAAGUAUUUCGAUUUGGCGAUAGCUGCCGUAAUCGGCUUGAACGUCGUCACGAUGGCUAUGGAGUUUUACAUGAUGCCGAAGGCACUCACCUAUGCCCUCAAGAUAUUCAAUUACUUUUUCACCGCCGUUUUCAUUCUGGAGUCGCUCAUGAAGUUGUUGGCCCUUGGUAUACAUCUUUAUCUGAAGGACAAAUGGAACCAAUUGGACGUAGGGAUCGUUAUAUUAUCAGUAGUCGGCAUCGUUUUGGAGGAAGUCGAGUCGAAGAUCAUACCCAUCAAUCCUACCAUCAUUCGCGUUAUGCGAGUUCUCCGUAUAGCCAGAGUAUUGAAACUUUUAAAAAUGGCCAAAGGUAUACGCGCCCUCUUAGACACGGUAAUGCAGGCGUUACCGCAAGUUGGCAACUUGGGUCUGCUCUUUUUCUUACUGUUCUUUAUAUUCGCGGCCCUGGGAGUGGAACUAUUUGGCCGAUUAGAGUGCAGCGACGAAACACCUUGCCAAGGCCUCGGCGAGCACGCGCAUUUCAGUAACUUUGGUAUGGCCUUCCUUACCCUCUUUCGCGUAGCUACCGGUGACAAUUGGAACGGCAUCAUGAAGGAUACGCUUAGGGAUGAUUGCGACGAGGCGACGGAUUGCGUGAAAAAUUGUUGCGUUAGCACUAUCAUCGCCCCUAUAUUUUUCGUCAUUUUUGUACUAAUGGCGCAAUUCGUUCUCGUCAAUGUGGUCGUCGCGGUGUUGAUGAAACACCUGGAGGAGAGUCAUAAGCAGAUGGAAGACGAGUUGGACAUGGAAACGCAAUUGGAAAGAGAGCUGGCCGCCGAACGGGAGGAACUUCUUGAGGUCGAAGAGGAGGAGGAGGAGGAGGAGGAGGAGGAGGAGGAGCAGGCGGCGGCCGGUUCGCUCGAAAGACGCAACAUUGGGGAUGAUUUGGACGAGGACGAUGAGAGAGAAUUCGAGUCGAUAAUGGGAACUAGCGAGAAGAUUCUCGUUAGACCGGGUCUCGCGAAGGUUCGUUCCUUGCCGGCCAACUUCAUUUACAAUCCGCCAAAGGAAAAGAGUUUGGACGAUACUUCCGUUUCGGUGGCAAUCAACGUUAAAGAAAGAAGGCGUAGCUCGUGCUUCCGCUCGUAUCCAAGACCGUCCAAGUUCAAAUCGAAGCGCCGACAGACCUUCCACUCGAGCAACCAACGAAGGUCUUUGCUGCCGAUGCACUUCGAAGUCACCGAAGUCUUUGAGAAGCCCGUUUGCAAUUUGAGCGUCCCGCGAAUCAUUCCUCAUCGUAUCUACGCGAUGGAAAGUCAAGAAGCCAUACCUCCGGAGAGCCAGUAUCUUCGAGUGAUGAGCAACAACAAAGAGAACAAGUUGCUCCUUUGCGCGAGCAGACCAACGGCUAGUUCUUCGCCCGUCACGCCUAGCGGAUCUACCUCGACGCUUACCACCGGUGGCCUGAGAUAUCAGAACGAGCGUUACUUGUUGCCGACCGCCGAGAUCUAUCCGUCUAAGGCCUGUUUCGCCCGAAGGAUCUCGACGGACGUUCAAUCGCAAUCGGAGACGAGUACGAGCAUGGCCACGGGAAGCAGCACGAGGACGCCGAGUAUUGCGAGCGAGUACGCACCGAGUAUUCGCGCCAAGAGCGAAGGAACAGCUACGGAAAAUGCGAGAUCGUCGAAGGAGAAGGAAAAACAAAGAUCGACUCAAGCGGAGGAGGAGGAUCUCGACGUGCAAUCGGUGAUCAACGAAAGAAGGCCGUCCAGGCUGAGGAGUGCUACCUCUUCCGGUACGUCGACGACUGGGACGAGCGAUCAGUGCGCUCAAAUCGUGCGCGUCGAGAGUUUCGCCCACAUUUACGCGGCGGAGGAGCUACCGGACGAGCCGCCGGACGAAAGUUCGGCCUUUGAAAAUGUCAGCGAGACCGACACGAGCGGGAGCAUCAACGGGAGUGGAACUGUGAGUGGUAGCGACGGUAGUCGUAGCAUUAGCGGCCUUGUUCAGGUCGUCGAGUGUACCACAUGUCCUGCGAUCAGCACGGACGUUAGAAUAUAUGUCGACGACACGGACUCGAUCAGCAGCAGCGGACACUUUGGACGAACUUUUGCCGACGACGACGACGACGACGACGACGACGAGACACCUGACAUUACUAUGUCGAUAUCGGUGCCGAUCGACGUCGUCGACGAAGAAGCGGAGGAAGAUAUCGUCGAAACAACGGAAGACGCGCCAUCCUUGCCCGGCCCUUCCGAUCCCUCUUAAUGAUUAACGUUGCUGCCGUGACAUCGUUGCUAUUCCACGACAAGAGGAACUAUGAAAAAUCGACGGCGUCGACGACGGGCUCUAAGAAAGACUGUAGUGCAUGACAAUAUAGUCGUUAUAUUCUAGUCACUUUGCCGCCGUGAACUUGCCAAAGAGAAAAGGAGGAUGCAGACGGGCGGAUGGGGGAGAGGAGCGAAAGAAACAAAUGCGUCAAAAAACUCUUGCGAGUUUUAGAGAAUUCGUCGUUCCAAUGGUGAUAAGUAGAGAUAAUAUAGUAGAAGGAAGAUAUAUGAGAGAGAGAGAGAGAGAAAAGAUGUUAUAUUUUCACGUCGAUCUCGAAACUCGAUUCGAGCAUCGAACUCGACUUACUGUUUGAGGCUAAGAACGACGGGGAUUAGAAGUCGCUAUUUUCGGGACUGCUCGAUCGACUUCUCGACGAAUUACUUUCUCUCACUUACAUUCGAUUCCUUGCUCGUAGUAAUCCAAGAAGAGAUAUUCUUUUAUCGAGAUCGCGAGUCGAUCAUUGUUUCUCUUAUCGGUCAUUGUUUAUUAUUACUUUUCUACGUAGACAAACCGGUUCCUCCGAAAAAGUUUGGCCUCCUCUCGGCAUUUUAUCCCAACACGAUGAUAUUCUCCUACCGUUUUUCUCUAAACCUUGAAUGAGAUACGUCAUGAUAAAUCGAACGAAAAGUCGAUCAGUCGGAUCAAUGGCAACUCUAUUUUCGUUCUAACGGUCUCGUUACAUUUCGUCAAGCAAAAUACAAAACAGGCGACAUAUACAACACGUAUAACGCACUGAAAACCUAUGACAAUCUCUUAUUGCCAGCGGUAUCGAAACUCGGUUCCCGCUAUGAAGCGUCAUGGAAGUCAUUCGUAGGAAUUGGUAGAGAAGAAGCACGACGUAUUAUAAAGUCGCGUCGAAAAAACAAAAAGCAAAAAAAAAAAAAAGAAAAAAAGAAAAAAGAAAAUAAUAAUUUAACAAUAAUUUAGCGAAUUUGUAGCUCUUAGGUAGAUUUAUCGAGUCUACGUGACAAAUUGCAAUUUAUCGGACCACACUUCCUCGCCUUUCCUUUAUUCUCGCGUUGAUCGCCACCAGGAGUUAUAGAAAGAAAGGAUUAGAUAUCGUUAACGCGCGUUUAAGACGAUCGCAUAAAUGUUCUUUGAAACGCGAGUGUAUCCUCCUAGGGAAAAUUUCUUUCUCCUUGUUAGCUUUCUACUCGGUGGAAAAUCCAGCGACGUUCGCUCGAUAAACCAAUCGAUCUAGUUCAAUGCGUUUAGAUAAAAAGUUCAUUCGAGUAUAUGUACAUACGUUCAUAAGUACCUUAGAUAAAUAGCGUGUCUCCUGGGGCGAUCACGAGUCAAAUCGUUCGAUCCUCCUCGUUUCGUUCUCUUCGUUUUUCUUUUUCUAUCUUAGGACGUUCUUCUCGUUAACAUCUGUGAUAUACUUUAAUCGUAGUGUAUUUCCUAUAACGACAGCAGCAAACAUCGGCAAGCGAGCGGGUAAAACGUUAAAAGAUGGCACAGAGGAGGGAAAAUUAGGAGAAAGAGAGAGAGAGAGAGAGAGAGACGCUACGUAGACAAGAGAGCGAGAGAUAAUAGCUGAAUUUUCCGAUGAAAUGAAAAAGAUUAGAAAACGGAGAUGAAAGAUCCGAUCGAGGAAGAACAAAAUGAAAAAAGGAAUAGAAAUUCAACUGUACAUACAUACAUUUAUGAAUACUCUAUACUCUACAUUUGGUGCGAUUUAUUUUGAUACUACCACCGCGUGCGGUAUUAUUUAAACGAUCGUCGGAGUAUAAGUCCAAAGAAAAAAAAAAAAAAAAGAAAAAAAACAAAAAGAAGUAAAAACGGGUGGAUAAACGAGCAAAGCAAAUGUUUAAAGAAAAAAAAAAGAAUAAUAAAUUCCAUGCCUUUUCGAACGUCGACGAGCCUUAGUACGGCGGUGGUGUUCGCGCUCUAUAAAUAUAAUAAAAUCAAAAGUAAUCCCGGCACAUAAAAACUACUGCUGGCGAUCAUCGAAAAAUCUAACGAUCAACGUUCGUAUAUAUUAUAUUCCGAUUAAUCGAUAAUACAGUUUCUAAAAAAUUUGAAAAAUCAAUCGAUGCCAGCUUUAGAUUUGAUUGGCCGGGAGAGAGAGCUGAACGAUGUAAGGAGAGAUAUAGAGGGAGUCACCCCUCGUACGACCGGCGAAGACGUUUGUUGCUAAAAUACACACACGUACACGCAAACAUAAACUGAAACAAUAGAGAGAAACAAGAAGAGCAAAGUGAAGAUAAUGUAGUAAAAGUUGAAAGCGCCGUGCGCCGUAAUCGCUAUGGAAAAAUAGUCCGAGUAUCCAUGUACGUUUCUUAGACCAAAGUUGCGUAGUGCUCCGUUGGCUAUCGAAUAAUAUAGUCCAAGUUUUACCCUGUUCAAAAUGUCUGGUGGGUACGCUAACCGACGCGAGCCGCUCUAGUCGUUUUUCAAACGGUACGCUAUAGCCACGACGAAGUCAAUUAGCGCGUAUUUUCUAUGUACAAAAGACAAAUUAUAGAUGAAAUAGAAAGAGAAGAGAGAUCGAGAGAUGAUAGGGUUAAAGAGGAGGAGGAGGAGGAGGAGGAGGAGGAGGAGGAGGAAGAAGAAGAAGAAGAAGAAGGGAACAUCGAUAGAAAUAUGAUCAAAUAACAAAUAAGUACACGCAUUCGCAGCCGAGGUAUGCUCUCGGUAGAUUUCUAAUAGGAAAGGGUGGCAAAAAAGAAAAAAAACAAAAGUGAAAGAAAAAUUAAAGAAGGAGAAAAUGUCUAUUAUUAAUCAUGACGGGAGCUUUUCUGAAACGUUUUAACGAGAAUUAAAUUUAAGACUCUCGCGUGUAUCGAUGUUCAUUAGACGAUUUGAACAGAGUAUGUAUUUAGAUACUUAUAUACUCGUGUAUAUCGAAAUGCAGACGAUGGUACGAACGCGCAAAGCGUUCCUUUUUGCUUCUUGUUUUCCCUUUUUCUUCUUCAUCGUUGACCGUGGGAAAGAAUCGAGUGUCCUUCAACGAUUCGCGAUCACUCCACUUAGAUCUAUAUCUCUAGAAUGUCAUUAAAAGAAUGAUUGCGUCAUCGCGUCGGAUUGAUUCAUCCGUUUAUAGAUGACACAAGACUCCGAUCGACGCGAAGAAGAAAUCGCGAUGGUCGAGGGACGUAGAGAGAAUUCUUUGCUUCUCGAGCAAUCUUUCAUUUUUCCUUUUUCUAAGAGAAAUUUUUGACGAGAAGAAAACUAAAACAAAGAUUAGUCCGAUCGUGUUAGAGUUGCGUCUAUUAAAAUAUUCAUCUUCACUCGAGAGAAUCCCACAUUUCCUUCUCGCAAUACUCGACAAAGACAAUCGACGUUUCUCGAUUUGGAGGCUCGCGUUCGGUGCUCUCCCUCGAGAACGUAAAAUAGUUAAAGGAAGAAAAAAGAAAAAAAAAGAUAAAAAAAAAAAAAAAGAAAAAAAAAAAGAAAAAAAUAGAAAAAAAAAGGAAAAAGGUUCGUACCACCGUUGCGUCAUCAUCGUUUCUCCGGCACCACGACCGAGUCUCGAUAGCUCGAUAGCGUUAUUAGGCGACUGACCUCCGAAUUAUAGUUAUUCUAGUCGCACUGUGGAUUAAACGAAAAAAAAUCGACAUUCAAUCGGACGGACGGAAAGGGGGAAUCGUAAAUGUUUUAUCGUUAAAAAAGGAAAACAAAUAAAAGAAACAAAAAAAAAAUGAAAAAAGAAAAAAAAAGGAAAGAAGAAACAUAGACAAAGAGAAGAAAGAGAAACGUAACGAUGUAAAACUUCUUCGCCACGUGCCUCUCGAGUCUGUUCUUCGCCCGUAGAGAAGGCAGUGCGUAAUCGUCGAACUAUUAAAGUGUCUAAGCAAGCAAGAUUAAGUAAAUAAAAAAAUAAAAAGAUAAAAAAAAUAAAAAAAUAAAAAAAAUGAAGAAGAAGAAAGAAAAGUCACCGGUCGUCGUAGAGCCGGGAGAUAUGUCGUGCUAUUUUAAUUACAGUACAGGUUAAAACAAAAUGAAAAAAAAGAGAAAAAAAAAAUUGCGUGUAGUCCUGUAGGGCUGCCAAUAAAGAAGCGUCCUUUCUUGUCUGCCUGAUUCAAUAAUAAUAUACGUAUCUAUGUAUGUGGAUAAAUCCUCUAGAUGUACAUACAUAAAUGCGUAUAUCAAAGUUAUAAAUGCCUGAAUGCCUGUGCACGCGUGUAUGCGAUAUUUGUGAGCGUUCGCCGUAGGAGGAGAAGGAAGAUUCGGCGCGCUUCUUUGGCCUUGGCCUGAAUUUCAGAAAAGUAAGGAGAAAGAGAGAGAGAGAGAGAGAGAGAGAGAGAGAGAGAGAGAGAGAGAGAGUCUUUGAGCGCGAGUGAGUACGUAUCUGUGUGCGUGAGAGAAAUACGUGGUAUCGAGAGGGUGCGUUAGUUGCGUAGAAGGAAACUAAAUAUGUACAAAUGUAAUAAAUUAAACGACGAUUACGUUGAAUCAA